AUGUCUCCUGGCAGACUCCGCUCAAAAGCUAGCUCUACAGGGCACUUGAAAUCAAGAGGGGGGUGCAAAACAUGCAAAAUAAGGAGAGUCAAAUGCGGCGAAGAAAAGCCACACUGUGCCAGGUGCACCACCACAGGUCGCAAGUGCGACUAUGAGGGGAAAUUUUCCAUCGUUGACACCCCUCUUUCAUUAUCCCCGAACACAGUGUGGCGAGAAAGGCGAUCCUUUGCCUACUAUUUCCAAAAUGCCGCACCCUCUAUCGGCGGUGGACUAGAUGGUGACUUCUGGAACACUAUCGUGCCCCAGGUUUGCCGCAAUGAACCUGCUGUAUGGGAUGCCAUCAUCUCCAUUAGUGCACUCUUCGAGAGUCCCGAGCCAUGUCCGGAACUCUUUUCUAUUCGCCGGGGUUAUUCACGCUCUUCCAACGCCUUUACCCUCAAUCAGAACCACCAAGAUGCGUUGAGCUGGUACUCGCGCUCGGUAUCUGCAAUUCGUCAGCGGAUUGAGAGCGGUCGUCUUGACAUCUUCGUUGGACUGAUCACUUGUAUCCUAUUUAUCUCCAUCGAGGCCAUCCAAGGAGGCACGGAAGAGGGCUUGCAGCUUUAUAGUCAAGGCGUGCAACUUCUUCUCAAUUUCCGCGUCCAAAUCAUGACUGGCACAGUGCCAGUAACGGAAGCCGCCUGGUUCAAGGAUACAGUUGUCCCAAUCUUCAUUCGUCUGGGAUCGAUCGGCCUCCCUUUUACCAAGGGUCCCUUGAAAAGUCUACUAUCAAUCACUGAAUCUUGCUCGACACAACAAUCCGACUCUCUCAGGCAUGCCCGAGAAGGCCUCGUUCUUUUAAGCGCAGAAGUCCAAAUCUUCCAACUCGCAUCCGUGGAGUAUACGCGAGAGCACGGCACCUCAAACAUACUUCCGGAACUAACAAACCAACAAACAAUACUCCUAGCCAGACUCAAAAGCUGGCACACAUCAGUUAACAAUCUGAUGGCAACCCUUCGCUCCAAACCACUUACCCCCCAACAAAUUGGCAUGGGCUCUCUCCUCAUCGCUAACUACCAAAUCCUAUACAUAAUACUCCAAACAACCCUCACGACAUCCCAAACCAUCACAGACAAAUAUAUACCCAACUUUCAAACAAUAGUCGACCAAUCCGCCCUCGCCCUCGCCGUUACUGCCCGAUUAGAUGGCACCCAACCGCCCUACACAUUCGAGCUUAGCGUCGCCUACCCCCUCUGGUUCACUUGUCUCCGAUGCCGCGAACCCCGAAUUCGCCGCAAAGCACUGGCCCUCCUUCGUCGCGCUCCCUUGGUUCAAGGAUUCCACAAAACUAAAUCCGCAAUCUCAUUCAGCGAGCGGGUAAUGGCGCUAGAAGAACAAUACGGAAUAGCAAUAAACAGAAGCCGCAAUUCCACGCCCGAGUCGCCUGCAAGUGGAAUUUCUUCUCAGUCCGGAUAUCAUGGCCCGGGCGUGUCUGAUCUGCCAACGCUUGACUUGGCGGCUUUCCUUGAGUUGGACUUUGAGUAUUCUACGAGUCUGGAGUCUAUGCCUAUUGAGUUAGGAAUGGUGCCGAUCUCAGAAAUUAUUCCCGAAGAGGCGCGCAUGGGACCUAUCAAUGUCUUUAGGCCGAUGGAUGGGUUCCCGUCUGGAACGACAGCGAAAGAUCUCGCGAAGUGGAAUCCGGGUUCGGAUCAGAUGUUUUUGCGAUUUUCAUGGAAUAAACGUGAUCUGGAGAGUGAUUCAUGGGCUACAAUUUACGAAUAUGUCCCGCUUACUCUUUAA